GUCUCAUUGUGUCAAAGCCAGACCUGGUUUCCUUUUUGGAGCAAAAGAAGGAACCUUGGAAUCUGAAGAGAAAGAAGACGGUAGCCUUCCACCCAGAAUCUGUUCUGAGGAAGAACGCCAAAGGACCAAGUGAAAAAAGAAAUGGCCAGUUCUCAGGGACAGCUCACCUUCAGGGAUGUGGCCAUAGAAUUCUCCGAGGAGGAGUGGGGACGCCUGACCCACACUCAGCGGCAACUGUACAGGGAUGUGAUGUUGGAGAACUACAGACACCUCCUCUUCUUGGGUCUCACUGUGUCAAAGCCUGAUUUGGUCUCCUUUUUGGAGCAAAAGAAGGACCCUUGGGAUGUGACGAGAAAGAAGACAGUGGUCUUUGAUCCAGCUGUAUCUUCACAGGGCACUCUGAGCUUCCUGCCAAAGCCAUGCAAAGAAGCUUCAUUUCAAGAUGUGUCAAUGGGCCAAUAUAAGCACAAUGUCCUUGAGAAGUUACAUUUAAUGAUAGACUGGGAUAAUGAUCAUAAAGGACAUAUCCAAAUUGAGACUACUGCCCAUAAUGAGAAUCUCACUGUCCAUAAUGGUGAAAGAUACAAAAUAUUUUGUAAAACCUUCCUUUUUAAGUCCAUUAGUUCUGCAAAACAGGGUGUUUCUGUCAGCAGAAGCUCCAAUCCAAUACUCAAACGUACAUAUUUAUGGAUGGAGAAUGUGGAACAUCUGGAAAGUUACCUAGCCUGUGAUGAACAUAAUGAUUUGAACAAUUUUGAAAAUAGGAUUGGAUUGACCUUUCAUUCAAAUAUUUCUAAACUUCAGGGAUUUCAACAAGGAGAAACAACUCCUAAGUGGGAUCCAUUUGUGAGGUCCUUCACUAAAGACUCAACCCUUACAAAUUCCCAGAGCAUUUUCAAUGGAGAGGGAAUUGCUCAAGGAAGUGAAUCUGAGAAAAAAAUUCAUCAAGGCUCAAAUGUUAAUAAACACCUGAGGACUCAUUUUGCCGAGAACCAUUUCAAACAUAUUAAAUGUGGGGAAGUCUUUUAUCAAAGAUCCAACCUUCUGUCUAACAGUAUGCAUAUAAAAGAGAAUCCUUAUAUAUUUAAUGACUAUGAAAGAGAUUUUAACCAGUCCCCCAGUGUUGGUGAUCAUUCAGUAAUUCAUGUGGGGAAAAACCCAUAUAGAUACAAGAAGCCCAGGAACAUGUUUAGUCAGCCACCAAGAAUACAUAUACAUAAGACAGUUUGUACUGGAGAGAAAACUUACAAAUGUAAAGAAUGUGGCAAGGUCUUUAACCAGCAAUCAUACCUUACUCAACAUCACAAAACUCAUACUGGAGAGAAACCUUAUAAAUGUAAAGAAUGUGGCAAGGACUUUAUCCAGCAAUCAAGCCUAAAUCAACAUCACAGGAUUCAUAAUGGGGAGAAACCUUACAAAUGUCAAGAAUGUGGCAAGGCCUUUAGCCAGCAUUCAAACCUUAGUCAACACCACAGAAUCCAUACUGGAGAGAGGCCUUACAAAUGUCAGGAAUGUGACAAGGCCUUCAAGCAGCACUCAGCCCUUGCUCAACAUCACAAAAUUCACACAGGAGAGAAACCAUAUAAAUGUAAAGAAUGUGGCAAAGCCUUUAACCAUGACUCAAGCCUCACUCAGCAUCACAGAAUUCAUACUGGAGAGAAACCUUACAAAUGUGAAGAAUGUGGGAAGGCCUUUAGGCAGCACUCACACCUUACUCAGCAUCACAGAAUUCAUACUAGAGAGAAGCCUUAUAAAUGUAAAGAAUGUGGCAAGGCCUUUAGGAGGAAGACACACCUUACUCAACAUCAGAGAAUUCAUACUGGAGAGAAACCUUAUCAAUGUAAAGAAUGUGGCAAGGCCUUUGUCCUCCAUUCAGGCCUUACUCAACAUCAGAGAAUUCAUACAGGUGAGAAACCUUACAAAUGUAAAGAAUGUGGUAAGGCCUUUAUCAAUCAAUCAAGCCAUACUCAACAUCAAAGAAGUCAUACUGGAGACAAACCUCUUAAGUGCAAAGAAUGUGGGAAGGCCUUUAAGUGGAACUCAGCCCUUAGUGUACAUCACAAACUUCAUACUGGAGAGAAACCUUAUAAAUGUGAAGAAUGUGGUAAGGCCUUUAUCCUCCAUUCAGGCCUUACUCAGCAUCAGAGAAUUCAUACUGGAGAGAAACCUUACCAAUGUAAAGAAUGUGGCAAGGCCUUUAUCCUCCAUUCAGGCCUUACUCAGCAUCAGAGAAUUCAUGCUAAUGAGAAACCUUACAAAUGUAAAGAAUGUGGCAAGGCCUUUAUCCAUCAGUCAUUCCUUACUCAACAUCAAAGAAUUCAUACUGGAGAGAAACCUCUUAAGUGUAAAGAAUGUGGGAAGGCCUUUAAGUGGAACUCAGCCCUUAGUGUGCAUCACAGAAUUCAUACUAGAGAGAAGUCUUAGAAAUGUAAAGAAUGUGGCCAGCGCUUUAUCCCGCAGUCAUAUAUUACACAACAUCACAGAAUUCCUACUGGAGC